CUAAUAGUACUUAAAGGAAUAAGUAAGUAAAUAUAUUUAAUAUUAAUUUUGCGCUCAUAAGAGAUUUUUUAUAUUAAAUUCAUGCAUUAUCAACCAUUUCGAAUAGCAUAUAGAUAUAUUUUAAUUUUAUUUGAACCACUUAGAAUUCUGCUUACUACUGCUAAGUAUCUAUUGCAAAUGAGUAGUACAACAAGAAGUAGUCGUUUGAAAACAUGUUUAUUUCUAUAAAUUCAAUCAAUGGAUAUAAAUCAAGAAAUUUCACAUGUAAAACAUGGUGCAACGAUAAAAUUAGCAGGAAAAAGGAAAUCUGAAAAUAGUAACAAUGGCAGUGAAAGUGGUGUCAAAAAAACAAAACUUCUGAUUCCAGAGGAUACUCCUGCAAUUGAAGGUCCGACUGAAAGCGGUAAUACGUUUACAAACGUAAAUACCGGCGCGAGAGCUAAAAACGCAGCUAUCAAAGUAAAUGCACACCAAAGUCCUAAAAAACGUAUACAGCUUCUUUCCCCAAUAAAUACUGAACAGAAGCAAUUAAAAGAAAAAUUUAUUUACGGCAACUAUAACAAAUAUUAUGGGUAUAGAAAUAAGGAAAGCAAAUACUAUGACAUACGUCUGGAAGUCUUUGCAACUCGAUCAGAGAUGUUCCAAAGUAAACAAGUGCUCGAUAUUGGUUGUAACAGCGGACUGAUUACAUUAGAAGUGGCCAAGCUAUUCGCAGUCAGAAGUAUAGUUGGUUUAGACAUUGAUCGCUCCUUAAUCAACCAAGCUAACAAGAUGUUAUUGCGACAGAAGAAGAUGUUACCUUUUGAAAAUGAGGCACGUCGUUUACAUAAAUAUCCUUACAAUGUAAGCUUUGUGCAUGGCAAUUAUGUGUUACGAGAUGAUAUUCUAUUAGAAAUUGAACACGAACAAUUUGAUAUAAUCCUUUGUUUGUCAAUAACUAAGUGGAUACAAUUAAAUUUUGGAGAUGCUGGAUUAAAACAGGCUUUUCGGCGUAUGUAUCUGCAACUGCGUAGCGGGGGUAAACUUAUAUUAGAAGCGCAACCCUAUGAUAACUAUGGUCGUCGGAAGAAUAUGACUGAGACGAUCAAUGCUAAUUUUAAAGCUAUGCAGUUUUUCCCAAAUCAUUUCAACGACUAUCUGCUUUCGUCGGAUGUGGGUUUCGAAAGUUUUGAACUAAUGGGUAUACCUGAAAACUGUAUAAAGGGGUUUAAGCGACCAAUACAAAUAUUUCACAAAACAUAAUGACACACGACUGUGAUAAAACUAACACACUAAAACAUAUUUUGUUUCGGUUUCAUGAAUCUUCGGCAUGUACAUAUGUAAAUGUAUAUUUAAGAAAAAAGUAUGGUACAAAUAUUUCAAUAUUUUAUAUUUUGAAAGUUAAAGUGCAUAAAAAUAACAAAAUAUAUUUUUAACAACAAUAAUGUCAUCA